UCCUUCUCCGUGGGUUUUAACAGACCUCGCAUCCCCUGUUUUCCUAUAGGAUUCUCCAGUCGAGUUUAUAUACCAGGAAAUAUAAGCUGCGACGCUUCAUAUUCCGGCGAUUCUACACCUCCGUCGUCAGUUUAUCCGUUAACAGGUGGGUAAGGAUUGUGUAUUUCUUGAAUGUUUCUGGUGUUGAAAAGUAAGUAGAUUCAUCGGCAAUGGAUGUCAAGAGUGAUCAUAUUCCUAGUUGCAAUUGCUUUGGUAACUGUCAAACUGAGAUUGAAAUUUUUGCACGGCGCCGGCUUGGAUAUGAAUCUACUAGAAGAGGAAAUAGAAGUGCAGAGAAGAAUCCUUAUCCGGUUGAGUAUGAACAUCUCGAUAUCUGUUCUAUUGAUAGAAGUGCAGUCGUAGAAGAAGGAAUUGAAGUAAAACAUUUGAAGGAACGAGAUGCGAAAAUACUCAGGCCUGGCAUGGUUCUGCUGAAACAUUACCUCACAAUCGACGAACAGGUUCAAAUUGUGAAGGAAUGUCGAGAAUUGGGAGUUGGGCGUGGUGGAUUUUUCCAGCCCACAUUUAGAAAUAGAUCUAAGCUUCAUUUGCAAAUGAUGUGUCUCGGUCUACACUGGGAUCACGAAACAAGAAUAUACAGUGAAAGUCGAUCAUUGGAUGGUGUAAAACCAGCUAGUAUUCCAUUUGAAUUUAAUUCAAUGGUUAAAAGAGUUAUGAAAUAUUCCCAUAAUUUAAUAGAGGAAGAGACCAAAGAAAUCAACCCAGAAAGGAUACUUCCUCGUCUUAGUCCAGAUGUUUGCAUCGUUAACUUCUACACAACAACCGGUCGACUAGGUCUGCACCAGGACCGUGAUGAAAGUAAAACGAGUCUUAGAAGAGGAUUACCAGUUGUCUCCUUCUCGAUUGGCGAUUCUGCAAAGUUUUUGUAUGGGGAUACGAGGAUCAUUGAAGAUUCUGAGGAAGUAGAGCUUGAAUCUGGUGAUGUUUUGAUAUUUGGUGGCGAAUCUAGACAUGUUUUCCAUGGAGUGUCAACCAUUCUUCCCAAUUCAGCCCCUACUUCUCUCUUGAAGAAAACUAAUCUUCUUUCUGGACGUCUCAAUCUCACUUUCAGGCAGAAUUGAUGAAUAAGGUGUGUUUAUUAAAUUUUUUAAGAAAUUGAAAUGGUGUUUAUGAAGUUUUUAUAACUGUAAUUUUACUAGCAAAAUGCAAAUGCUCAUGUAAUCUAGAACUUCUACUCAGUGCAGCUUAAGAAACAGAUCUCACCUUCU